AUGGACAUCUAUGCCCGCUCCGACUCCGCCAGUCGUCCGGCCUCCUACAAGGCCAUCGGUAUCGCGCUCGCCGUCGCAUCCGGCCUCUUUAUCGGCGUCUCCUUCGUGAUCAAGAAGGUCGGCCUGCUCAAGGCCAACGUCAAGUAUAAUGAGGAAGCCGGCGAGGGCUACGGAUACCUCAAGAAUGCCUGGUGGUGGACUGGCAUGACGCUCAUGAUCGUCGGCGAGAUCUGUAACUUUGUCGCCUAUGCCUUUGUCGACGCUAUCCUGGUCACCCCGCUCGGUGCGCUCUCCGUCGUCAUCACCACCAUCCUGUCCGCGAUCUUUCUAAAAGAGCGCCUUAGCUUUGUCGGCAAGGUCGGCUGUUUCACCUGCAUACUCGGUUCCGUCAUCAUCGCCAUGAACGCCCCCGAACAGUCGUCCGUUAGUGACAUCCAAGACAUGAAGGACUAUGUCAUCGCGCCGGGAUUCCUUUCCUACGCGGGGGUCAUUGUUGUCGGGGCCAUUUUCACAGCCCUCUGGGCAGGCCCGCGCUACGGAAAGAAGAGCAUGUUCGUCUACAUCAGUAUCUGCAGCUCCAUCGGCGGGUUGAGCGUUGUGGCCACGCAAGGGUUGGGCGCGGCCAUCCUCGCGCAAAUCAACGGCAAGUCGCAAUUCAACCAGUGGUUUCUGUACGUUCUGGCGGUGUUUGUCAUUGCGACGCUCUUGACAGAAAUCAUCUAUCUUAAUAAAGCCCUCAACAUCUUCAACGCCGCCCUCGUGACUCCAACCUACUACGUCUUGUUUACCAGCGCCACCAUAAUCACCUCCGCCAUCCUCUUCCGGGGCUUCAAAGGCACCGGCAUCCAGAUCGCCACGGUCAUCAUGGGCUUCCUGCAGAUCUGCGCCGGCGUCGUCCUCCUGCAACUCUCCAAAUCGGCCAAGGACGUCCCCGACGCCGCCGUCUUCAAAGGCGACCUGGACCAGAUCCGCGAAGUCGCCACGCAGGAGGAACCCGAGAGCGAGCCCAAAGCCGACUCCAUCCGCGGCGCCGCCAGCCUCAUCCGCCGGUUGUCCACCCCACGCCGCAACCUUGAAGCCGAAGAGGCCCGUCGCUACUACCGCGAGCGUCUGGAGGACCAGAGGCACCCGCCCAGCCCCAACGAGAUCAUCGAGUGGGACGGCCUGCGCCGGCGCAGGACUGUCAUCGGCCAGGGGCCGACCAUGCACGCUGCUCGCGCGCCGUCCGUCAGGACCCCGCUGCCCCCGCUAGGCAUGUCACGGUUCCCGGAAGAGAACCCCGACGAUCACGCAGACGACCGACCCGGCACCAAACAUAGCGGCCACUCGAUCCUGUCGGAUCUGCGCUCGCGCCUGUCCAGCGCCCAGUGGCAGCCGAUCCAGGAAGAGGACGGCCUGCGGCCCAUGCCACUGCAGCCGAGUCGCAUCGACACGAGCUACCACGGUAGCGACCCAACGGCUCCGCCGUUGCCAUCGCCGUCGCCGUCACAGCGCGCCAAACGCCAGUUCUCCUUCAACGUCUUCAAACCCCACCACAGCCACCACAGAUCCGCGGACCGGCCGCGCUCCAAGCGCCACUCCAACUCGGAAGAAGAGCGCCUGGGGCUGGUGCGGGCGUCCGUGGAGGACAAUCUGGAUGAGAAGCUGGAGCGGACGUACUCGAGCGAUAGUGCAGAGGAGACAGGUCACAGUCUCGGUCUGCCGUCGGGGCUGCGCGAGGAAGCCCGUGAUCCGCCCCCGGCGUACCCAAUGCCUGGCCUCCCGCCGACGUCAUCGUCGCGAGUGCAUCGCAACCCGCUGCCUCCGCUGCCGGAUGAGCCACCGUACGAUCCGCGGGUAGACGGGGUCCGGGAACGGAGUGAGUCGGACGUCAGCGCGGGUACGCUGUCGUCUGCCAGAGGGGUUGGUCAAGGAGGAUGGCGACGACCGGGUGGGUCCUUCACCUAA